AUGUCCGAUUCCAUAUGUGCUGGUCAUACUUCGAGGAUUGCUUCUGUUGGUAAAUUUGCGACCAAUGAUCGGAAACAAUCUGCCUUAUAUGAAGUUAAUGAUAUCAAAAAUAUGCAUAUUGAGGAAUGGUGGGAAGUCCGAAGCAAGAUGAAAUAUAGGGUAAUUUAUCAGCAUCAACAUAACAGGACGAAACGUCAUAACAGGGAUAUGAUCUUAUGUAAUACUAUCUAA